GCAUCUCCCUCUCAGCAGCACUGUUGAAAGAAGACAGCAUGUCAGUGCCAUCUCCUGAAAUCAAAUGUGAGACUUCUAAAGUCACCAGAAGUUCCUUUGGCAGUUGUUUCAUUUUUGAGAGUAGUUGGAAGAAAGCAGUUUUAGAGACACAAAAGAUUGAGAAAGAAUAUACCACAGCAUUUGGUCUAGGAGAGCUCAAAGAAUGUAUCAAAAUGCCAUAUUUACCAGGACUACAAAGUUACCAAAAAAGUGUAAGUUCAACUCCACUAGAGGUUCCUAAAAGACUGCCACGUGCUGAUGCCGAGGUGUCUGCGAUCAGGCUAAAGAAGACUAAGGAGACAUGCAGUGUGGCACCACUUCGGGAGAAAUCAAAAGGUUCUGGCUUCAGUGAUCCUCUCACUGGAGCACCAUCUCAAUACUUAGAGAGACUUUCCAAAAUAGCCAUAUUGGAAUAUGAUACCAUUCGUCAGGAAACAACCAAAAAAUCAAAAAAAGGCAAGAAACGAGAGCUCCAAGACUGCUGAGAAAUGUCGUACAGUGUGAUGCUUUCUUCAGUG